AUGGCAAAACGUAGUUACUAUGACAGAUUAAACACUGUUUCCUGCUCAAACCCUCCACAAAUUUUUAACGGAAGAUUGGAAGGGACAAAUUUUGACUGGGGAUUUAGUGUCAGCUACAGCUGUUCUCCAGGUUAUGAGCUCUCUUUUCCUGCAGUCCUAACUUGUGUUGGUAAUGGAACAUGGAGUGGGGAAGUUCCUCAGUGUUUACCAAAAUUUUGUGGUGAUCCAGGAAUUCCCGCAGAAGGAAGAAGAGAAGGGAAAAGUUUUAUCUUCCAGUCUGAAGUGUCCUUCACUUGUAAUUUGCCGUUUAUCUUAGUGGGAUCGAAUACCAGAAUAUGCCAGGCUGAUGGAACUUGGAGUGGAUCUGCACCAAGAUGCAUAGAGCCAACCCGCACAUCCUGUGAAAAUCCAGGAGUACCUCGGCAUGGGACACAAAACAACACAUUUGGAUUCUUGGUUGGAAGCAUUGUUCAGUUUCACUGUAGACGAGGGUACCUUCUGCAAGGAUCCACUACACGCACCUGUCUUCCUGACCUUACAUGGAGCGGGGAGCAGACGGAAUGCAUACCUCACAGCUGCAAGGAACCAGAGACACCUGUCCAUGCAAAUGUAGUCGGAAUGGACCUUCCUUCUCUCGGAUAUACAUUAAUUUACACCUGUCAGCCUGGUUUCUUCCUAGCAGGAGGAUCAGAGCACAGAGUGUGCAGACCAGAAGGGACAUGGACUGGAAAGAUGCCAAUUUGUCAAGCUGGAUCUAAGAUAACAGAGAAAAAACACAGACCAGUGCUGGGAACACCGAGUCCUAAAUUAAGUGUUCCUGAUGAUGUGUUUGCCCCUAAUUAUAUUUGGAAAGGUUCAUAUAAGUACAAGGGCAAGAAGCAGCCAAUGACACUUCUCAUCACUAGUUUCAAUCAGUCAUCAGGGAGGGUGAAUGCCACACUGAUGAACAGCAACAUGGAGCUCUUACUGUCAGGUAUCUACAAAACACAAGAAGCCAGGCUUAUGCUUCUAAUGCUGCAGGUGAAAAAUCCAGGUCACUCAUCGUCAAGCAAGAUGAAAGAAGAAGAAAAAUGGGCUAUGGAUGGUUUUGUCUCUGCGGAGCCUGAUGGUGCUACGUAUGUGUUUCAAGGAUUUAUACAGGGUAAAGACUAUGGACAGUUUGGACUUCAAAGACUAGGUCUCAACAUGUCGAAUGGUAAUAACUCUCCGAAUCAGCCUCACGGUACCAACAGUAGCUCUGUGGCCAUUGCGAUCCUUGUGCCUUUUUUUGCCCUUAUAUUUGCAGGCUUUGGGUUCUACCUUUAUAAGCAAAGGACUGCUCCUAAAACACAGUACACGGGCUGUUCUGUACAUGAGAACAAUAAUGGCCAAGCUGCUUUUGAAAAUCCCAUGUACGAUACAAAUGCAAAAUCUGUGGAGGGAAAAGCUGUACGAUUUGACCCUAACCUGAACACAGUUUGCACAAUGGUAUAAUGAAGGCUGUCUACUGGAGUACGUAGCCUACAUACAUGGUAGUGCUUUACCUAGUACUGAAGUCCGGAAUGGCAACUGAACACGUUGAAGAGGCAGUCCUAUCAUGUGUCUAAAGCACACUCUUCAGGAUCGACUGGGUCACAUUUUCCUGGGGAUCAGCAGAAGAUGAUUUCACGAACUCGGAACAAAUUAUUUCUUCAUGGCUUUCAUGGAGAGUUUUGCGGACAAUUUUAUUGCACUCUAAGAGUGCAUGGACAGUGUUUAUUCUCUUUUUUUAAAAAAGGAAAAGGUUCUAAAAACAAUCUAUUUGCAUAUAUUGGAGGAGCAUCCACACCUCUUUGUACACCAUAUCAGUUUGAAGUGGCUGGGUUUAAUAUUUAUGGCAGAAAAUAUCAAGUAAUUAAACAGAUUUAGAGUGGUUUAUUUUGUGUUCUGACACAUAUGCACAUUAAUAGCAUGUAUGCUAUACAUAAAUGACACAAUAUCAUUCCCGUAUAAUGUUUCCUUAAAAUCAGCAUUUACAGAUUUAAGUGUAACUUCGCUUUUCACUGUCAAGGGUUAUGAAAUAGCACUAAUUCCAUUUUUUUCUCAUUGUGUUUUAAUUAGGAAAUAUGCAAAUGGCUUUUCACAUUUUCUGCUUUUAGUUGAUUUGAUGCACAUUGUUUGCCAGGUAGUACAUCACAUUUUGGAUAAAAUAGCCAGGAUACUUCACCUCUGUUCCUGUACUGGGCUUAUGAAACAUCUCAGCAUCAUCUAGUCUGACAGUUUCCCAUUUCUUUUAAGGCAGGAAACUACAUUAUUUUUUGACUGUAUUGUGUAGCAGUAAUUUCUGAAUAUUUUACUAUUAAUGCUUUCCACAAACAGAACAAGUGCAACAAGGAAUGAGGAAGCUACAGAGAAUACAAAUGUUAUAGUAACACAUAUUUGAACAUGGCUAGCAAAUUCAUUACACUGUUUAGAAUUAGUGUCAUAGUCUGAAAUAGCAUGGCUUUUGAGCAACAGCUGAGAAGUUUUUUAAGAGCUCCCAGUCCAGUAGUAAGGAAUGGGAUAUUAGAAAUUAGAUGUAAAGCAUGAGAACAUUUUGCAGUAGUUCAGGCAAAUAUGCUGGCCCUGCAGAAACCACAACUGAUUUUUCUAGACUACUGCACCUCUCAUUGGCUAUUUGUCAUCGUCUUCCACAGCAGGAAUUCAUUGUUCAUUUUUACAAUAGUAAAUGCUUGUUUGCACCAUAUCAUAACAUAAUCUUUAGUUUCAAAUGUGAAGGUGUAGCUCAUAAAUAUAUAUAUAAAUAUAUAGCUUUGUAAUUAAACAGAGUGCCUACCAAAAACUCAUUAAACCCAGGGUUGCUGCUUUCCUUAUAUUUAAAACUCUGUUUGGUAUUGUGCGUUUUUUAUUUUAUGCUGCUUAACUUAUUAAUGACAUUUCCAACUAUAUCUUUGUAUUCAUUCACACAUUUGCUCUUGGUGGAUGGAUAUGAAAGAUCAUUUAGUAAACAUUAUUUUGGCAUUUCCCAUUGUUUGGAUACUGUAAAUGACUGCAAUAACUAGAAUUCAUCCCUCAGAUCUGCAGAUGGAACACUUGGAAUUUUUUUAUGAAAACCUUUUCUUCUGCAUCUGGUUACUCCUCUUAUAUUAAUGCAUAACAUUUUGUAAAGAAAUAUAUUUUUAUGAAAAUAAAAUUUGUAAAAUGUAUCAUGUAAAUUUUCAGUGCAAUGUAAAAAUAAAAAAAUCGCUAAUUGCUUUUUA